AAGUCAACGGCGCUAGGACCGCGAAACUAAAAAGUAACGCGUUACGGGUGGGCGGGGCUAACACCUGACAGGGGGCGGCGCGGUUAUCGUGACGUCAUCAUUCCUGCGCCGCUGGAGGGGGAGGUCGCGGCCGGUGCGGAGGAGCUGGGGCAACACCGGUGCGUAUAAUGGGCGAUGCUGUAUCGUGACUAUCGCGAUUAUAGAUCAUUACAUUGCUAUGGAACGAUGACCACGAUCACUCGUCAGGAUCUGAACUUUGGGCAGGUGGUGGCGGACAUACUGUGCGAGUUCCUGGAGGUGGCCGUCCAUCUGAUCCUGUACGUCAGAGAAGUCUAUCCCAUCGGGAUCUUCCAGAAGAGGAAGAAGUACAAUGUCCCGGUGCAGAUGUCCUGUCACCCUGAGCUGAACCGCUACAUCCAGGACACCCUGCACUGUGUGAAGCCCCUUAUAGAGAAGAACGAUGUGGAGAAGGUGGUGGUUGUGAUCCUGGAUAAAGAGCACCACCCGGUGGAGAGAUUCGUUUUUGAGAUUGCUCAGCCACCAUUGCUGUCCAUCAGCUCGGACUCGCUGCUGUCUCACGUGGAGCAGUUACUGCGGGCGUUCAUCCUGAAGAUCAGCGUUUGUGAUGCCGUCCUGGACAACAACCCUCCAGGUUGCACAUUCACUUUACUGGUUCACACGAGAGAAGCGGCUACAAGGAACAUGGAGAAGAUUCAGGUUAUAAAGGAUUUCCCCUGGAUUUUGGCCGAUGAACAGGACGUCCAUAUGCAGGAGCCGCGCCUUAUACCUCUCAAAACCAUGACCUCUGACAUCUUAAAGAUGCAGCUUUAUGUAGAAGAGCGAGCACGCAAGAGCACCUGACAUCCAGAGGAGACCGCAUCUAUCGCAAGGCGUGUCAUGUGAUCAGGUGGCGGUACCUGAAGCUCCUCCCUCUUUAGUGUCUGUAUGACAGACCUCCAUCCACCUGCGCAGACUGGACGUUGACGUGACAUCAUGUGGUCGUGUCAAGACGUUUCCAGACUGACGACUAUUUAUUGUACAUAGGUUACUUGUUGUUACUUUGUAUUUGAAUGAUACAUUGUUUCUUUUUACAAACAUUCUGUUUAAAGUCCUCCGUAUUAUGAUGUGAAUGUACAGACGGCCAUGUUUCGGCUUAUUAAAACAAAGCUCUAGGUA